UGUUUGUCUACCCAGCCGUAUUCAAACUUCUGAUGUGGCAAUUUUAAGGCCAGAAACAAGGAUUUCCAGGUUCUCCAUAGUCAGGUAAGACUGAAUAAAACUUUGUCUAAAUGUUUUGACGUUCCAUAUAGUUUUUCAGCUAUUUCGAAAAGGCAUUCUUCAUAACUCUUCAGCAGAAGAAUAAAUUCCGAGGAAUUAUCUACUGGUAGGUCGGAGAGAUCUUUAGCAGGAGCCUGAUAAAGUAAAUGGUACCGUCGGUGACAAGGGAUGAAACAUUUCUUACAUCCCAACUGAUAUCAACCCCUCUAUUAUCCACCCAGCCCAUGUAAUGUUGUACCACACCACCGGGGUCAGUACGGCUCUUACUCUUUACUAACAACAGUGUGGAUUCUUUUACGUCCAACAAGAAUCAGAACAAUGAAGAACUGUGAGACGGAGCCUUCGGUUGUUCGUCCUUAUUCGAGAAGUCUAGAAUGUCUAACCAUUUGUAGAUGUCAAGACCCUGAGCGUUGGGGUCCAGCCGGUGUUUGAACCCCCGACAUCCCGCUCGGCAGACAGGCGCUUAUCCAAUUGAGCUAACCGGGCGGGCGUUGUGGGUUGUCUUGUGUUUUGGGAGUUUUUCAGAGAGCUCCCUUAAUUCCCAAGGUAUCCCGGCCCGCCUCCUUCACCCUUAGGGCGCAAUUUAAAUUAUGAACUUCCCCUUAUCGAGACACAAGUUCACCUGUUUGUCAAUUCAGUACGGUUUUUGUGUCAUUGAUGUUAUCGAAAAUGUUGUUUCAUGUCCCUAAAGGCAAUAUAGGACGUAAAUAGUAUGCAUUAAAAUAGUGCAAAGCAGGUGAAUUUUAUUUAUUGAGCAAAAGUAAGUUCCUGAUCGUGGGUGGUUCCGUGGUGUACUUAAAUGUUCAAGAAUUGGUAUAGGAUUUAAUAGAGCCGAAGUCGAUUGAGGAAUUGUAUAGUCACAUUUUACGCAUCCUACUGAUGAACAGUUACGACUUUUUAGCAACAAAAAUAUAAUUUGCCGUCUGUCCCCUUUGAAUACAUCUAUGCCUUCACUGAAACAGUAGUUGACUAUUGACUUGUUUUAGUUGUCGCUUACAAAAGUAACUGCUUUUUUGGCACACGUCAGGUAGAUCAAGGGCGUAUAAAUCGCAAAUUUUUGGCAACAAUUUUUGCGCGUACCUCUCGUGGCUUGAUUUCAUCGCUAGUUUUAUUGUCAGUUAUCUUUGUCCUUGUCUUGACGCUAUACUUUAAUGAGUAUAAAAUACAUGAAAAUAACCGAUGAUAAAAUUGAUCAAUGCUUUCUACGUGCAAUGCUGCAUGACAAAUAAAAAACACUGGGAGGGGAGGAAAAGAACUUUGUUCUUUCAGUCAGAUAUGUACCGCCGCAUUUUACUUGAAACACGACUUGAGGACCCUUUUUGUCAUUUUACGUCUUACAGCAGUUCAACCGAAGUUUACUUCACCUUUUUUUACAGUGAAUUGCCACGAAUAUGACGACGGGCAAAGGACUGCUGGCAGUCACAUUAAAAGUUCGUUAUCUCCGGCCUGGUUUCGUUGUAUCGAGGUUCUUUUCAACGGCAUUGCUGGGUCGCAAAAUAUCGUUUGUUAUACCAAGGAAUUCGUUAUUUAUAGAGGUUUGUUUUACAUCGAGGUUUCACGGUUUACGUUCUGUAUAAAGUAGCAAUAACUGUAUAAUUUGCAUACCAAUGCCAUUUCUAUUAUAAAUUAAUGUAAUAUCCAGUGAAGUACAGCCGGCAACAUAUGUUGACAGAAAUUUUAAAUCGCCCCUUAAAAAUUCAAUCUACUUGUCUUGGAGCAAUAUCAUCAUUUCCCGUAGAGCAAAACAAAACAAAAAGGAAAAUUGAAUACAAAUUAUUACAGCUUAAAAACUUAUUGUCCUUAAACCGGUUUGCCGAUUUUCAUUCUUUCUUUUCUUUCUAGUCUUUCAAUUUUUCCACUUAAGACUAGCUGAGCAGCCGUGAGAAAGCGCAAUAAACUCAAUGUCUUUCAGUGUUCCGUUUACAUCAAUUUACCUGGUUGAAAGAGAUACAAUAUUCAGUUUACUUUCUUAAAAUAGAACUUUUAGACAGUUCAUUGUUCAUACCCCCAUUAAAAAGACUAAGUAGUUUCCCCUUGACUACAAACAAAAAAAUAUUUCAUUAGCCUAUCACUCCGCUGAACUACCUCACUAGUAUAAACUUGUCAGUUUUGAUAAGUCCUCAAAAAGCUGUACAAAAUUGAUAUCGACCUCUCCGAUCACGCAAUGGAUAUCCUGUCUAUGUUGUUUGGACAGCUAAUAGAAACAUUUUUGUGAUUUUUUUUGUUGAAUGAUACUCUAUUUUCACGCGAUGGGAUGGUGUUUUCAAAUUUAAAAAAAAAGACUCAUAAAUGUUUAUGCUAAGCCCAAGUUCUUUCAAAAACCAACAUAUCUUACAAAGGGAAAAAUUGCUGUUUAUUUGACAAAGUUGGAAACAUUGUCUGUGUUUCCGAUUUUCUACCAAUAUUUUCCUUCAACAAAACCAAAAAUAUGCAUUAAGUAUAGACCUAUUCAAAUAUCGAGUAAGAUAAAUUCGAGCAAGGUUUCUUCCGCAAUUCUCAUUCAAAUGAAGCAGAAUGUAAUUAAGCACUUUGUUGAUUUCCUUUCCGGUUCGGCUGCCCCUUAAGCGAUUUCAACGUAUGAACUUCUGCGUGUUGAAAGAAAGAUGUUUGAAAAUUUGCUCAGCUGCGAUACUUCAUUCCAGGCUUACUUGGAGAUCGGAAUAGCGUGAAAUUUGUGCGGAUACAGUUACCGCAUCAAGGUCACUGACAAAUUCAAGUAACUGUUUCAAACUUUGGGGUGAUCGAUACCACUACAUGACUCUAAUAAGUUUGCAUUGAUACGCAGUCUUCGGAGUUAAGCAUUGAAAAGGAAGGCAUAUUGCUUUGUUUCCAUUUAAAAGCGAGAGGGCUACGCAAACAGCCCUCCAGCUUGACAAGGUGAGAGCCCGGGUGAAAGUUAACGAUGCUGGUCCACUGAAUUUUGAAGCGAAGUAAAAUCGGUACAGUUGUGGUUACAAUUACUUCUGACCUGUUUUCAAGUCUUCAAAACCGCCAGCUCAUCGAAGGAUGCAAAUAUUAAACCGCCAAUUAUUCGGUCUAAAUAUUAUAGUGUUGACAUUUGCGCUCUUAGUUUUUGCAAUUGUUUCUGUCGAAGGGAGACUUUGCAAAACGCAUCAGGAUUGCCUGGGGGAUUUCAUACAGUGUUGCAGCGGUUACUGUCGUCAAUCAUGCAACUUGUCGUGCUCCAGAAACGAUCAGUGCGGCUCACCCCCAACCCUCGAGGAACAUUGCUGCAAAGGAACGUGUAUAUCAACAUCUCUGACUUGUGAAAAGCCAGCACCUGAGAAAGAAAACGUCCUAAGCCCGCCUUUAAUUGCUGUAGUUGCGAUAUUCAGUGUGUUACUUGUGAUAGCUUUGUGCUGUGUCUUCAGGGCACAGCUGUGCAAAAUGCGCGCACUUUGUUUCGCGGGUAACAGAGGCUCUAGGCGGGAAGGGAACGCCGGUGUCAAGGUAAGCGUUGGUGCCGGCUUCAUGGAACUCGGACGAAAUGGAACUGAUGAAAGCUUGAAUGUAACAGAGAGAUUUACUUUACGAGCCGGUAGCAACUCCUGGGUUGGACAGGAUUUUCGUGUUGUGCCUCCAAAAUCAUUAAGUAAAAGAAACUAUCAUGACUAAAGUGCGGAAUUUUGUCAGAUUGAAUCGGCUUCAAGCGCUUAGUAAAAGCCCUGUUGGUUCUCUUAGGAUUCAUCCUUGACAGACAUUACAAGUGUAUUCAUAUUAACAGAAGUUGAACAUUGUAUUUCUGCUACUCGGCUUUUAAUCACGCACGGGCGAAAUCGCAUGAUCUGAUGAUGACCCUUGCAAUCGGAAUCUCUUAGAAGUCAGUACGAAAAAAAAAAAACUACUAACUAUGUUUGUAUUAUUGUUUAUUGACUCAGUUAUUUAUAUUUUCAAAGGGAGUGUUAAUAAGAGACAGCGUUCAUCAGUUAAGUAAAGAAAAAAUAACGAUACCAACAACAAAGAAAACCGAUGCAUUUUUUUUUCACCCUAUUGUAAUGACGCGAAAGAAAAACGACUUUUGAUGAAUCAUCAAACUACUAUAUUUGGUUGAACGUCUCAUGGUUCAAACACAUGAGUUCAUAAAAACGUGCAGGUCAUUUGUAGAAAAAUCAUAAUAAUAUCAAAAACAAAUAAGCAAAAAAAAAAAAAAAAAGAAAGAAAAGAAAAAUUGAGCAAUGAUCGCAUAUCUGUAGUCCUGUGGGAGUGGGUGAGGGUGGAUGAGAUAGGGGUCGACUCGCGAAUGUCCGUCUUGCCAGAGACAGGCCGAUAAUAAGUUCUCCAUCUUUGAAAUAACAUCAUGUUUAAAAUGUUUAAUUUCAGUCCCUGAAGUUUGUACCAGUAAUGCAAGAAUAUUGCCGUUGACUUUAAAAGCUUUUAUCCGCGAUUAAAGUGACAAUUUUUUCUUUCAGAUUUUAAUUUUCGCGUUUGUUUUUAGUUACUUGCUUCAUUUGUUUGAAAAUGUUAUGUUUUUGGCAGUUAUAUUUGUUAUGUCGUAACCUAUUAAUAAUGAAGUACGUUCUUUAGGAUUUCGAUCAGUUCAGGUCCCUCGUUCGUGGUUUAUUUAGUCCAGAUUUUUCCCCAAAAUCAAUAAAGUUCAGGUCUAAAGAAAAAUUCCGCAGGUUUACUUUAAUAAAAUAAAAUAAAAUAAAUAAUAAUAAUAGUGAUGAUGAUGAUCAUAAUAAUAGUAAUCGCGCAAUUUUUAUGGCAAGAUAAUCAUCUGCGCAUUACAGCAAUUUUUAGUACAAUAAUAUAAAAUAAUAAAUAUGAUACGUCAAGAAAGAUACGUCUUUAAAAAUAAACAGCAAUACAACAACAACUUUUAUUUCAGUAUUCCCACGUGAUUAUUUAUGUUAUAAAUCUUAAAUGAAAAUAAGGGCUAUAAUUAAAGAACAAUUUUUUGUCUAUAUUCCAUACAUGAAUGUAUGUAAGCAGCUGUAAGUCUGUAGAUAUGAGGAUCGACAUUAUCAGAUAUAAAGAGGGUUUUUCCAUUGUUGUCAAAGUUAUUAAAAAGUGGGUAUCCAUUACUAAUGUUUCUGUAAAAGUUAGAUCGAAGACUAUCGUAAUGAUUACAAUUGAAUAGAAAGUGUAAUUUGUGUUCAACUUCAUUUAAGUGGCAGAAGGGGCAAACUAGAAGAUUUUCUGGAGUUUUCGGGACUGUAUACACCGUAUUCACAAAUGGCGGACACGCAGGAAAAAACUGGUGCCUAGUCAUGAAAGCGAGGCGUUGGAGGAUAAACAAAACUUGCAAAUGAGAACUUUCAGUGAAACUUGCAGAGUGUUUAGCACGGAUUCCACCUAAAAUAACUUUGUACGGACUUCUUUUUAAAUACAAUUACGUGGGAUGUCUUCUGCUUUUAAUGUUUAGUAGCUAUUUGCUGUUUGCAAUCAAAAGGGACGCGUAUAUCUUCAAGGAAACAGGAUGAUUUUGUAGGUUUCCGAAGCAUCAGAAGCUCGACAAGUGGAUGAUGGCUGGAGAAAAGCGGCAAACAUGUUGGCCCAAACUUCACAUUGAAACCGAGUACAAAAGCCAGCUCACUGCAAUUCGGUGAAACAGAAAUAUAAACAAAUCUUGGUGGCAAGAAAAAAAGGAAUUAGCGACAGAUAUAUGGCCUACUUGUUAACGCAAGAGACGUCUGCCGUUGAACAAAACAGUUCAAGUCGAGAUGGAAAAAUUAAAAAGGAAGACAGGAAAGAACAGGUGACUGAGGUUUCGAAGAAGUUAUGUUUGGUUUUUGUUUGCCAGGACGUUAUUCUCUGGUCUUUAUCGAUGAAGGACAUCAGUUAGAACUAUUUUUUUAGUAUGAAUGCAGGAGCGAUCGAGUGGAGUACGCUCAAAAUUUCAACUUGUUACUCGGCAGACUCGGUAAGCCGGACACAUAUCAUUUCAGCGAGUAAUUUCGUAUUUCUUAUCUUUGACUGUUAAGAGUUUUAACUUUAUGUUCCAUAAUAUUUUAAAGUUAUAGAAUACAUAAAUAAAUAAAAUGAUGGUCUUCUUAAACGGAUCCAGACUCGAAUUUAAUUAUUCGAAACAGAAGCUUGCCGUGUUCAGCCAUGACACAAACAUUGCCUUAAAAGUUUAACCUAGUAAAAUGUAAGCUUUAUACCACUUUUUUACCAAAAGCUCUCUCAGAUAAUGCCGAAAAGGAGACCAGGCAAAUAGCAAGCCCUAAGAUUCACACACUACAGCUUCUAAUUUUUGAUAAAAUUAUUUUUAAUUAUUUCGCAAUGACAAGGAAAUCAUGAGAUUUUUGCUAAGCUCUGCCAACGUACCUGAUCGAACAAUUCGCUCCAAAGCGACGGAAUUAAUAUGAUCCAAGGGCAGUUGUAAAUACAGACAUACAUAUGUACAUAGGUAUGUAUAAAAUGACACUGACAUGAAUGAAUAAGCCUCGUGAAUGAAUCUUUCAUCCGCCCUCGACUUGACCUGUUUUGUGUAAUGGCGGAGGUCUCUUCCGUUGACAAGUAGGCCAUAUAUCCGUCGCUUAUUUCUCUUUUUCUCGCACCAAGAUUUGUUUUAUUUCUGUCUUACAGAAUUGUAGUGGUCUGGCUUUCGUAUUCGGUUUCAGUGUGAAGUUUGGGCCAACAUGUUUUCCGCUUUUCUCCAGUCAUCGCCCACUUGUCGUGUCGAGCUUCUGAUGCUUCGGAAACCUACAAAAUCAUCCUGUUUCCUUGAAGAUAUACGCGUCCCUUUUGAUUGCAAAAAGCAAAUCACUACUAAACAUUGAAAGCAGAAGACAUCUCACGUAAUUGUAUUUGAAAAGAAGUCCGUAUAAAGUUGUUUUAGGUGGAAUCCGUGCUAAACACUCUGCAAGUUUCACUGAAAGUUUUCAUUUGCAAUUUUUGUUUAUCCUCCAACGCCUCGCUUUCAUGACUAGGCACCAGUUUUUUCCCGCGUGUCCGCCAUUUGUGAAUACGGUGUAUGACUGCCCGUUUCUUGUAAGCGAUGGUUGCCAAGUCUGAAUUUAUUUAGUGUUUUUUGUGAGUUAUAUUGGUAAUUAUGUUCAAGCAAUUACUUUUGUGACAGUUAUUGUUUAAUGUUGAGUAGAAUUUUAGUUUCUUUUUAUUUCUUUUAGAUUACAUUGGUGUGAAGUCAGUUCUUCACGUAUAGUUAAUUGGAUAUUCUUUAUAUACGUUGAAGAAUUGUUAUCAUUUAAAUACAAUUCAUUGAGACAUGAAUUGUUUCAUAGAGUAUUAACUUUUUUCAAAAGAUUCAUCUGGUUUUUCUCAGUCAUAUCUUUUGAUAUUUGUAAACAAUACUUAGCAUAAUGAUCAGCUUUUUUGUUUUCUAAAUGUAUCGAAAAUUUGAUAAUAUUUAUGUUAGUUUUUUCCUUCGGUGGUAGUCCAGGGGCACCCAACGACAAUUUUCGGAAAAAUAUCUGUUCGGAAGACGAUUUGAGAACUAGAAUUUUCGGAACAUUUGUUGUAAAAUUUCUUGCUUGCCUGCCUCUCCUAGGAUUUUCGAACAUCUUAAAAAUGGUAUAAUUGCAUAUUUUUUACGGAUUUUUACCCUAAAAAGGUCAUCUAGAAUUUUCGGGAGCCUUUUUUCUGGCUGAAAUUUUCGAAAAGGUAAGUUUUGAUCCCUAUUAUUUUCGGAUCACUAGACUUUCAGCUAGGAAAUCCGAACAGAUAAAAAUUUUUUAGGGGAUAAAAAUAUGCCUUUAUCUACCGUUUAAAUACUAAAAUACCUUUAACAAUGCUAUGUUUAAGUGCUUUUGAACUAUAUUCUCGUUGGGUGCCCCUGGUAGUCGUCCAAGUUCAUUUCUGCAUGCAACAUUUGGACUGUUAAUUCACACCUAAGACUUCUUUACAGAACUGAAUUUGUGUUUUCUCUAUUAUAUCAUUCUCCCAUGAAUCAUAAUCAUCUUUAUCGCAGAUGCUCCAAACCUCAGAGCCAUACAUCAGAAUUGGGAGAUACAGUGUAUUAAAUAAUCUGUUAGAAAUAUCUAUUGGAAGACUAAGAAAGUUAAGGAGUUGACGAGUUGCAAUAUAUGGAUCUGUAAUAUUUAAGUCAUGAAACUACAGCAUGAAAACGAACCAUGUGCUAGUCCUCCAUUUUAAAUGUACUGCGCAAGUGCAAAAUACAAGGAGCCUGGAACCUAAUAUAUUACAGGAUCUCUUGGCUUUGUCUUUUAGGAUUGCUUAGUGUUCUUUAAAACUACCAUUUGUGGAAAAUUUUACCCCAAGGUAGGUGUAACUUUUCGUGAUUUCGAUUUUUCAUUUUUAAUGUAACAUUGCUGCUUUAGAGUGGUCGACGACAGUUCGACUCGUUAAUACGGACACUCAAGGGGGGGGAACGGAAAUAUGAUAGAAAGUGUUUGUAUUAAUGGGGUGUCCGUAUUAAGCGGGUUGAAUUUAGAGAAAAAGUAAGAGCUUACCAUAUUUGUACUUUACUUUGCCUCCUACGUCCGUUUGUACUUUUGGGGGUUACAUGGAGUAGUGAGGAAAGUCUGCAUGGGUGAUGCUGUGGCUUGGAAAAUGAUGUCUGCCCUCAGAGUUGAUUUGCCUGGCUCAACAGGUCCAGUGGGGGGGGGGGGGGGGGGGACAGCUGCCCUCUCCGCCCGUCCCUUCUUGUCUGGCGGUGUCCGAACCAUAUUGAUACGUAUACUGUGUUGGCUUGGUAUCAACACAACUUGGUGCUAACGGCACUGUGAAACUUCUCGUCCCCCAAGUGGUGAUAUUUUGCGCUCUAGUCUUUCUGAGUGUCCAUGUUUCCAUUCGUAUGUUUUUGACUGUUUGUCUUGAGUUCAAGAAAAUUUAAGUACGGUAGAGCUUGAUAUAAUCCUUUCUUGAGCAAUAGUCUUAAAUUGCACAGUAAUAGAACAAAUCUCUGCAGUAGCUACAUGCUCUACAUGGUAAGCGAUCACUGGUUUGACAGUAGGCCUUCCCUCGUAUGGUGAGUGACAGCAGUGCCUCAAGGUAUAUCGAGCUCCUAUAUCGAACAUUUUGACGUCAUUUCCAUAGUCAUAAGUGUGUACACCAUGGAAAAUUGUUGUCUAUUUGUCAAAUAGAGGUCUUCACAAAUUCAAUAUCUUCUGCAGAGCGUUUCAGUUUCUGGCCUGGUCCAGAUGUCAUAUCUAUACGAAUGUUUCUGUUUAAGGUAGAACUUCCACUCCGGGCUUGUUUUGCGUUCAUGGUUGAAAAUAGAGUCCAUUCAUCUGCACACAAGUAGAGAUCUUAUUAUUAAAGAAUUCCUUAGGCAAGUCACCAAUAACUGAAAGAUGUUUACAGGGCCAAGCAUCGAGCCUUGAGGCAUCGAAGCCUUGAUUGUUGAAGAAACUGAGGACUAGCUCGCGUCGGCCCUCCUCGUCGCACGCGAGAAAAAAUUUCUGGUACCCAAAGUAGGACUAGCCAGAAAGAAACGAUAUUUUUGUGAUGGAACGGUCUGCCUAAAAAUUUUGAUACCCUUCAAUUCACUGAUUAAGGGUUUGGAAUGAAGCCUUCUAGGUUAGAGAUUCGUUGUGAAAAGCUCGAACGAAGAUGACUUUGGUAUCUAACUCAAUACAGCAAAACUCCCCAUCUUCGUUAAAGAUGUUAUUUCAAGUCAGAGGGGGGCUUGUCCAAAGAAUAGCUGCAUGAUGCGGUAGAGCAGGUUUGUUAGUUAAAAUUGUUCAAGUUUUGUUUCAUAUGCGACAGCUUCGAGUGAGAAGAAGGGGAACAGUAAGGUUAGCUACAGGGUGGGUGUUAAAACUAGUAGGUUAAACAUGACAGACAGAGUCUUGGAUUUGACCGAUGCAUUAAAAAAAUCAGUGAGGAUUCUGCAAAUCGUAUAUCAAGCAAACACUUUGGAAUAGGCAAAGCGAUGUAAAGGCGGAUCUUCGUUCGGCUUGCUCUGGCCGAAGGGCUUUCUCUGAAAAAGCCAGCCAGUUUUCCCUCAUGGACUCAAAAUGCUUUUCCUCUAGCUCACCCACCGGCCCGACUCAACGUAAAGGUCGACGCGAUGUCGAAAGUAAUUUAUUCACAGACCAAAGCGCAUGCAAUGUCCUGUGCAAACAACACGUCGCACAGGUUAACAAAAAGCGCUUUUAAACUCGCAUGUAUUUACUGUCAGUAUUUAAAACUCACACGUGCAGUAAAACAGCUGAAUCAUUAUUGUUCGAUUUCUGGCUUUAAAGGCAGAAUUUUUUUUACUAAUUUACUUCGAGGAAACCACAGGUUUUCAUAACUACAAAAAAAUCAACUUUGGAUCAAGUGGAUCGUCGUAAUGCCGAUAGCUCCACACUAACAGUGACUGAACUGCAUUAAGGCAUGUCAGUACGCAUGUUCGGGAUCAUUUUUAGUUCAAUAAAAUUGUGAGCAAAGGGCAUCGACUUAGACUGGCCUCCUUGACUACAUUCCAAGAUUCUGGUAAGUUAUUGCAGCAUCCAUUAAUGAUUCAAACAACGUUUUGUGACUCAACUGUGAUGAUUUACACUUAUAUAAUGUAUAUUGUUUAGUAUCAGAUGUAGUACAAAUGCGCCUCUCAAAAAGCUUGGCAAGGUUGUUUUCUUUCCUGAGAGAGUUCCACAGUUGCGUAUGUGGCAUUAAAGCUGUGAUCAUCGAAAAGAUUACUAUCCAAAAAAGAAUUUGAACGGAUUACUAGACAGAACUCUAAAGUCCCAGACUUUUCGGUUUUAUGUACACUUGUAAUCUCGCCUUUGUUGUUACAUUUAGCAUGUUGUAAACGUAAUGGGCCCACACAUGAAUUUGCGGCAAAGGUUCUAAGGAAACUGCCAAAAACUGUUAACGAAAUGCCAUCGGUUUUGUGUAACAUGCAUUUGCCAGUUUGAAUAGCAAAUCUAUGGUGAAGAAAACUUAUCCCGUGUUAAUGAAAAAGUUACUUUAUUCGAGUGAAUCUUAUUAAGAUCAUCCGCUUAAAACAAUAGUGUUAUCCCGACUGUAGAAUGUUGCUCGCUAUUACGCCAAUAAUAAAGUAGUUCAACCAUUUUCCGGCAUCAAAAGUGAAACUGCUUGCAAAGCUGAAGAGUACAGUGUGAUCUUUACGGGCGGAUUGGCGGAGACAAAUAUGCAUAUUCCAGUGAUUGAAGUAGAUUGGCGACUACGGCUCUAGUCAUCUUAAUUCUGGCAAACUUUGAGGUGCUAAUUUCCCAUAAACUUCCAAUAACCACUAGAGCUCGUUAGCACAGGCCAACUUUAUUGUUGCCGUUAUCAGCCGAGUUACGAGCAAUGCUCAGAGCUCUCAGUAUUUCUACCGAUCAUUUCUUGCAACUAAAGCCAUAAUAUGUAAGGGAAAGUUUACUUACCUUUUGACAGUGCUUCACUUGCUGUUACAGGCGUUGUCAACAGUGCACUGAUCCAGUGCUAGCAAUUAGCAAAGUUGUAAGAUGAAGCAUUCUGACUUGAAUAAAUGGCUUAAAGUAAAGACCUCUUUCAGACUGAAAGAUUGAACGAACUUAGUAAGACACUGAGCUGCGCUCCGGAUAAUUAGAACAGCCUUUAAUAAAUUAAUUUAAAGCAAUCUUGAAAGUUCUCUUGGUAGUACAACCAGAACACGACUAAAAGAAACAUUUCUUCGAAGAUUUCAUUUUAUUUCGCCACAAUGAAACUUAAAAUCAACUUUGCAAAUUCCUUCAUCCAGGUUGAAUUCAGUACAUGCCAGAUGAAGUACUCCUUUAUUUAACAAAAAGACGUGAAACUCUCAAAUAAAACUCUAGACGAAGAACUCUUCAAGAACUUUCAAGUUGAAUUUAAAUAACUGACGUACGAGAAUCAGUUUAAUAUGCAAGGGGGUAGUUUUAAAUAGAUUUUAAAUAAACAUUUUUUUGCGGUCCUCCUUUAAGUGAUCGUGGUAUUCGGCGAAAUAGUAAAUAUUUGCUGUUUGCGGAUGCAAUGAAAACAUCGGACGCGUUGAUGAUCAUGAAAUGCAGCUUAAUUGUGUCGAUUACAAGCAUUAACAGUUCGGUUAAAUCGACCGGAAAAUUCUCACCUUCAAGGAAACUGAAGCAGGGAUUUAGCCCAAUUAGCUCUGCGGCUAACUGCUAAUUCCCAACUCACGUACACUACAAAAGUCACGGUCAGUCACUGAAUGCCAAAAGUUUUCAAACUAAAUUAGCUACCAUUAAAAUUCUUUCUCUAAGACUUUUAACACACUCGAUCACCCCUUUUGUAGAUAAUAGAUUAUAUAUUAAUGUAGGGUCCAUUUUUUAACCUUGAGUUACACAGUAUUAACUUUAAGUAAAAUUUAGGCAUUUGUUAUUGUGCUGUUGUGAUCGAACCCCCGCUAUUACCAAUCCAAAGAGGUGAGGUAAACUUUCCCUGACAUCACUGAAUAAUGAUAAAUUAAAGAUAACGUUGUUCAAUUUUGAACACACACUCGGAAAAGGCAAGAAACGCUUUUUACCGGGUAACCGGCAACACUUAAGGAAUCCUGCUUUCAUUUUUUAUUGUUCCCAUUACUUUACUCAAAACAACAUACAUUAUCGAUCAUCAGUGAUCAUUUCAAAGUACUGUUCGUUAAUUGUUCUUUUUUUUUUCGAUUCGCCCAUAAUUGAUUAGAGGAAACUAAACAAGUGCAUGGGUAUAAUUUCCCAGACGUGGCCUACUGCACAUCCAGAGUGUGCAUUAUACUGCGGAAACACAGCCUUGACAACACUUUCCUGACAAGUCCCUCAAUUGACAUUGUCUUUGGGCGUAAACAUCGUCCAGAAAACAGGAGUUUCACUCAAAAAGCCUAUCUUAAAAAUACCCCUCAUCGUCAAACAACCAUCACGAUCAUUGUGAUUCAGUUGCGGCAUUACAACAGUACUGUAUCGUGUAUGAAGGCACAGAAGGUUUAAUAAGACCCUUUGCCCAGAGCACUAUCUCAGUUUAACAAGAUUGGCCACUAGGUCUUUUGUCAUGCGUGUUGAUUUUUCAGAGCAGCAAUUUUGGUGUUUAUUAGACCCUGGCUGUGGUAAAAAGUAGGAUUACGGGAUUUUUAAUUACUUUUGUGAUAAUUAUCUCGCUGUACAAAGCAAUGGGGCAAGGGUUAAUCCUUUUUCGCCGCGUAAAUGCACGAUUAAUAGGCUCUUUAAAUCGCACGCGAAAACUAGCUGUUCCCAAUGGAGAUGCUAUCAAUUAAUCUUUGAAUGGACGAUAUUUGCUGUUUGAACCUUUACACAAAUUGCUUUUAAGCCGUCUAGCUCAGUGUUGGUGUUAACGGAACAAAACAACUGAAAUUGACGCGGAUUUUGCUGAGAGCCAAUCAAAACGCUUUCCCAUUGUGUCAAGAUAUUUAGAACCGUCAGAACUGAGACGUCAAUGUAAUUGAUUGAAAAAGAAUAAUUCUUUUGUGGAAGGAGGAAGACGCCUUCUCUUAGAAACACCUGCAAUUUCAGAAGCGAGAGAUUUGUCUUUAGUGCAUAUAAUUUGCUAGUCAUGUUUUCGUUUGGGAUUGCUGUCGCGUGAUUUUAUCGAAGUUCAAACAAAUUUUGUUCCUUUGAUUUGCUCUUCGUUGUGAUUUUGGCAGCUUUUUAGGUAUUUUAUUGGCUUGUGUAAAUAAGAUUUCUUGUCUUGAUGCUUUUUUCGUUAUUUGCAUAUUGGUCUUUUAGAAUACAUUUUUUAUUCUUAUUUUCCUUGCCUUUCAGGAAACUUCGCGAAACAUGUCAUGGCGGACGAGACAACUAAAUAGAUGUUCGUCGGCGAUCCAUUGGUUACCCGCCAAGAAUUAAUAAGAGAAUAAUACUUCCUCGUCAAUGUCCCCCGCGGUGAAAAUUGCUUACAUUAGAUUUGAAAACAUUGCUGCUAACUACGACAACAUUAUUAUUCUCAAGUGGUUUAACCGACAGAACUGAGUAAAGCAAUAUUCAUAAAGCACGCGCUUCCUUGGAGUCGAAUAUUUCAAAUUUUCAAAGGCCUCACCUACAAUGGAUCCUGGUAAAUUUUGCGAUUUGAGCGACGAGUUUUUAAAGAAGAAGCUCUAUGACUGUAUGAUGAACUCGUUCCUCCCAGAUAAGAUAUCGCCAUCCCCUAGGGCGCUGCUAAAUGGUUAUUUUGCGGAAAUUGUAACGAUUAACCCGGCAGCGAGCCCAAAAUAUCUACGUUCGCCUCCGCUUCAGCACAGUCAUCAACGCAAGUAUCUCAAGCAUUCAAAAGACUACGCGUUGCACCACCUUCAAGAGCAAUUCCUUGAGGAUAUUCCCGAGGAACAACCCGAACUGACGAGUGUCCUCGGAAGCUGUCCGGAUCACCAGAAAGAGAAAUUGAAGUAUUUCUGUGAGACAUGCGAUGAGCCGAUUUGUCUUGAUUGUACCUCUUCGGAGCAUAGAAAACACAAGUUUUCGUAUCUCAGAGACGUUUAUCACAAACAGAAGCACAGCAUGGCUAGUUUGCUCGGACAGGGAAAGAACAAAAUUGAAAACACGCGAAAAUCACUGAACGAAGUGAAGACUUUAUUGUGUAAACUUCAGGAAGAGCGUUAUUCAAUGGAAGAGAAAAUUCGCGAAAAUACUCAAGCUUUAAUAGCUACUCUUCAACAGCAAGAGGAAAAACUGUUGGAUGAACUGAACAGCGCUUUCAGAACCAAAGACAGCUCACUUCGAAAAGAGAAGCAGCAUUUUGAGUCAAUUCUUGAACGAUUAAGCGGUAGUUGCCAAUACACAGAGAGGGCGGUCAAAUUCGGCAACGAACUGGAGAUCUUGGUCAUUCAAAAGCACUUAAAAAGACGGCUAAACGAAGUUUCCAACACUCGAAAGGACUUCAAAGCGGCAAAUUUGACAAACGUAUAUUACUUCCCCGACCCGAACUCAAACGAGAUUGCCCGAAAAGCCCUCGGUUACAUUGUUGUUUCCGAUACAUGUUCGGAGUUAUCAAUAGCAAGUGGCGAUGGACUGGUAAAAGGUCACGUGGGCGCAGCGGCUGAAUUUGUUGUGACUGCCAAAGGUUUCGACGACCAUCCUAAAACCCGAGGUGGCGAUAUGAUAACUAUCGACGUCAGAAGUCCUAAUAAGGCAGCUGUUUUGCCGGAAGUCGUGGAUAAGGGUGACGGAAGUUAUGCAGUCGCCUUCACACCGAAUUUAAACGGCGAGCACGAAGUGGGUGUCGCAAUUCACCGUCAACCCAUAAAAGGAAGUCCGUUUAAGGUGAUGGUCACCAAUCCCCGAAUUUAUAGCAAAAUAACUCGUCCAAUUCUGUCCAUUGGAAGCCUGGGAGAGGUUCGUGGGAAGUUUAAGCUUCCUUGUGGCGUUGCUGUCGAUGGCGAGGGCAAGAUUCUAGUAGCGGAUUGUCACAAUCAUCGCGUACAGAUUUUUGAUUCGCAAGGAAAGUUCGUCAAGAGCUUUGGAAACCUUGGAGAGAAAAACGGGCAGCUAAAUAACCCGACUGAUGUGGCAGUCGAUAAACAUGGAAACAUUGUUAUCUGUGACAAAGAUAAUCAUCGAAUUCAGCGAUUCACGAAAGAUGGCGUCUUUAUCAACAAAUUUGGUGGCUAUGGUGAAAAUCAAGGAAAGCUAAAACGCCCUUGGGGAGUUUCCCUUGGGAAUAAUGACGAAGUCAUUGUCACCGACCGCCGCAAUAGUAGGAUACAGAUAUUUAAAGAGGAUGGCAGUCUUUUGCGCGUGUUCGGUCGCCAUGGAAACGCCCAAGGAGAGCUGGAUCAGCCGUACCAUGCUAUCAUGAAUUCUAAGGGAGAAAUUUUUGUCACAGACAGUAACAAUCACGCAGUAAAAGUAUUUGAUCCCAACGGCAAUUUUGUACGGGAACUCGGCAAUGGGGAGACUAGCCAAUCAAUGCUAAAAUAUCCCACCGGUAUUGCUUUUGACAUGGACAAUCACGUGAUCGUAUCGGAUCAAUAUAACCACCGCAUCCAGGUUUUUAACGAAGACGGGAGCCUGGAGGCAACACUUGCAUCUGGUCUUAACGGACUAGGACAGAAGUGCUACCCCAAAGGUGUGGCUAUCACGCCGGGGGGUUUCAUCGUUGUCGCAGACAGUGACAACCAUCGAGUCAUUAUACUGUAAUAAAUAUCAGCAGAACGACCGGAGUAUCCUAUUUAUUCGAUUAAACGCCGCUGUCGAAUAAACGCCGCAGAUGAAAGCAGAAUCAUCAAUGAGCGCGGCCCUUGAAUUAACGCUACACCCAACGAGAAAUAAUGCGGCGUUUGUUCGAAAAUAUCAGUUCCGUCUUUAUAAUCUACAAUAUCCAGGCAAUUACGAUUCUAUCUCAGCAAGAAAGCUAAGGAGUUUUGAACAUCUUUCUGUUAUGUAAAAUAUUUACAAAUGAUGAAUUUUCCUAAUUGUUCUCAGUGAUUUAAGAAAUGCGAUAUUUAUACAAUCACCGUCGUCGAAUAAACUAUUUUUUUUCAUAAAAAAGCAGCGGUGUUUGAUCGAAUCAAUAAGAUAGGCUGAAUGCGCGCAAUUGUUUUUCAAAAUUACUCGAAGGAACAAGACGCAAAUUUCAGUUUUGAUAUUCCUGAGAUCCUGCAACAAAGCUAAGGCCGGAAUUCAAAUCUAUUUUUUCGUACGAUAUCGAUCGAAAAUAAGAUCUUAGAAUCUUUAAGUAGAACUUUGAUUUACCAUGAAUUAAAGAAGACCCCACCUGGUAUAUAUAAUCCACUUUUUUAACUUUUAGACUCUCUCAUAGUCUUAAAUUAGAAUAUCGGUCAUCAAUCCGAUUGAUGCUAGAUCCUUGCCGGUACAUUGCAAUGUCUGUAGUACAAAUCUUUAUAAAAUUAUAAUAUAUCUUUAAUAUAUUUUGAUAAUCAUAUCUUAUUAGGCUAUUAUUCAUAUAUUAACGGGCAUAUUUUAGAAAUAUCAUUACUAUUAUUAUUAUUGUACGGGAAGACGGUACUGUACAUUUGUUAUGUGCUUACAAGAAUAUAAAAAGAGUCGAUGUUUGUUUCGAUGUAAAGUCAAAGCUCUUUAACCCUUCCGCUGCUAAAGUGUUUGAUGGAGUUUUGUAAGGUGAUUCUAACUUUUGAGUCUGUGGACCAAAUCCUAUGAUGUGACCAUUCAAAUGAAAGCUCUCUGCCUGUACUUACACAUGGUGCUAUUUGUUUUUCAAAAUUUCCCAAAAUGAAAUUUGGAAAUGUGGUCGAAAUUUGCUUUUGGCUAAAUUUGACAGUGAAAGGGUUAAAGAAACCGAAAGAUUGACUGUUAUAGCUAAUAGGUGCCUUAAUCCAAUUAAGAGGUGUCCAACCUCUAGAGAGUCAGAUCUAGAGGUAUGACUUGAGUUUCAAUCCUAAGGAUGAGUCCUUUUGGUGUUCUUUUAAAAAGGAGUGUUGGCUCUAAAGAAGAUUGAAAUAUAUUCACGUACGAGAAAUAAUAACAAUGAGGUUCACAGGAAACCCAAGAUUGAUAGUUCUGCGCUCCCUGUUUUUGUUACAAACCGAAUUUUUUUGUUUAGAGGUAUUCGCAAAGGUUCUCAAAACGCUGAAAUACGGGCAAAAAUGUAGAAUAAAC